AUGAGUUCAUUCCACUGGAAAUUGUUGAAGGAAAAGUUUCUCUCACCAACAGAAACCAUUAAAAAGACUGUAUUUACUAUUAUUAUGGUAAAUGAUGUGUAUGAAAUGCUUCCAGAUAACGAUGGGUUGGGAGGAUUGGCUGAAUUACAAACCAUCAUCGAACAGGAAAAGUUCAAGAGUAGACAUUGUAUUGCCACAUUGAAUGGUGAUUUUAUGAGUGCUUCAACAUUGGCCACUAAGUAUAAGGGAUAUCACAUGAUUGAUAUUUUGAAUCAUAUUGAUUUAGAUUAUGUCACUUUGGGAAAUCACGAAUUUGAUUUUGGAACUCCAAAUGUUUUGGAAAAGGUCAAGGAAUCUAGAUUCAAGUGGAUUUGUUCAAAUGUAGUUUGUCCUGAUGAUCAUAGUAAGGUUUUACCUGGUUUGAUUCCAAAGGUUAUACAUGAAUGUGAUGGUUUUAGAAUUGGUGUUUUCGGUGUUUGUACAAAGAAUACUGAAUACUUGUCAAGACCAGGUACUGAGGCUGUAUUUUUGCCAAGUGUUACUGUUGCAAAUAAGAUGGUUAAGGAAUUGAGAGAGGAAGAUAAGUGUGAUGUUGUCAUUGCUUUGACCCAUCUUACUAUUGGAGAUGAUAGAGAAUUGGCAAGAAAUUGUCCAGGAAUUGAUUGUAUUUUAGGAGGUCACGACCACACACCACAUUCACAAGUACAAGGUAGUUGUUUCAUUCAUAAGGCAGGUCACGAUGCUCAAUAUGUAACCAGAAUUGAUUUGUCCAUUGAAAAGAAACAAACUCCACUCAAUGGAGAAAAUCUUGUCCAACUCAAAGUUUUCCCAGGCUGUAACAUGAUUGUAAACAGAGGUUAUAAACCAAAUCAAAAGGUUUCUGAAAUAAUUGAAAAGUACAUGAAACAAUUACCAGAGGGAAUUAUGGAAGAAAUCGGAUUGACUGUUACUAAAUUGGAUUCUUCAACAGAAAGUGUCAGAUCAAAGGAAACUACUUAUGCAAACUUUAUUGCUGAUAUUUUCUUGGAUUCAUUUGGAGCUGAUUUGGCCAUUAUCAACGGUGGAGGUAUUAGAGGAGAUAGAUUCUAUGAUAUUUCAAAGAGAAUUACUCGCUUGGAUGUAUUGAAGGAAUUCCCAUUCCCUAAUAACAUUUCAUUGGCAGAAAUUAAGGGAAGUGACUUGAUGGAAGUUACAGAACAAGGUGUAGCCAAGGCUGAGUGUGUCAUUGGAUCUUUCCCACACUUUUCAAGAGGAGUUUGUGUACAAUAUGACACUACCAAGCCACCAAUGAAGAGAGUUGCCAAAAUGACUCUCAAUGGUGUCGAUAUUGAUCCUAACAAGGUGUACAAUAUUGCAACAGUAACCUAUAUUCUCAAUGGAGGUGAUGGAUUCAGUGCAUUCACAAAGGCAACACCAAAGGAACAUCCUUUGAAUGGAAAAUCAGUUUAUGAUCUCGUUAUUGAUUGGAUUGAAACUCAUAGAAAGGUUGGAGCCAAGAAGGAAGGCAGAAUUUAUGAUGUUUCAAAGAAGAAUUCUACAGCUGUUUUCAAUUUUUAA